GAGGCAUCAACCACAAGACAACAAUACAGUUGGGGGCGGAAAUGUCGUGACUGAAGUCAUGCUUGGUGCCAGUCUUCUCGAAUCAGCUGCGAAAAUCAGGUAUAAAAUCCGACUUGAAACUCGGGCACAGCACUAGGAAGAGUACAUAGUCCAAAGUACAGUACACUGCUGCCUGCGAGUACACAACCCCCACCCACCCUUUCAAACCUUUUUAAUUUGCUCUCGACAAAAGAUAACCAUGGCCGAAGCCCUCGUCAUCCCCUUCGAGAGCGCACAACCUCUCGAUAACCUGCAUGUCGAAACCCUGCCGCUCCCGACCUGCGGACCACGGCAGGUCCUGGUGCGAUUCCUGGUGGUUCCCGUCAAUCCCUUGGACUUUGCCGUGAUCGCAGGCCAGUACCCAGUGAAGCUGCAGAGUGUCUAUAACAGUGAGAAUGGGGUCCAACACGCCAUUCCAGGAUCGGAUGGCGCGGCCCGGAUCCUGCAGACAGGGGCGGAGGUCGACCACCUCGCGGUUGGUGAUCUUGUCAUCCUGCGCACGCAUUGUCGGGGCACGUGGAGGACUCAUGGCGUCUUCGACGAGGCCGAUCUCAUCCGCGUGCCAUCCACCACCGACCCUUGCGUGGCCUCCCUGCUCCGCAUGGGCGUGGCUCCGGCCUUCUUCCAGCUACGCGACUACCACACGCUGGAGCCGGGAGACUGGAUCAUUCAGAACGCGGCCACCGGCACGAUCAGUCACUUCGUCUGCCAGUUGGCGCGGCUCCUGGGAGUGCAGGUCAUCAGCGUCAUCCGCGCUCGCGCCAACGCCGAAGAGCUGGAGCGAAUGAAGCGGUUGCUCCGCUCCCACGGGGCCUCACUAGUGCUCACACAAGAGGAGCUCGCCGCGCCGCGGGUCCUCGAAGGGAAGCGGAUUGUUCUCGCCAUUGACUCGGUGGCCGACGAUGCGUUAGUGCGGACGAUGGCAGCGGCCAUGACCGCUGGAGGCACCGUGCUGACCGCGGGGUUCCUGGGAGAGGCGGCCCCCCCUCGACCGGAGGUCAACCUCCGGCAAUUCCUGUGGCAGAAAAACAUUAGCCUGCGACCUUUUCGACUGAGCGAUUGCCUCAGCAAGCGCAGUCAAUCGCAGCAAACGGCACUGUUCGAGUGGUUUGCGGGCCUGGUCGGCCGGGGGACUCUGAAGGCGCCCGCAUUGAAAUUUCUGCAUUGGCAAGCUGGAGCCGAAGCGCAAGAGGUUGUGGCUGCCGUGCAGGGUCAGGCGCAGACAGUGAUUGGCCAACGUAAAGCAGUCAUCAUCGUCGGCGAGAGAUGAUGGAGCGAUGGAUGCAGGACGGCGUCGUGCCUCUGUAAUUGACCCUGGCAUGGAUAUUACCAAUCUUUUCCUGUGACUCUCUCCGUAUGUGCAAUUGAGGAUGAAAUAAAGUAAUUUCGAAAUUCUCGUUUAAGAUGACACAAUCAAGCCUCGCCAAGUCCGUCGAUCCGCGGAUAUGCCUCGCAAUGGAGUAAGCACUAGCAGACACUAGUCCGCAGACAAUGGGCAGGGAACUCAUUUCCAUGUGCAAUGAGACAGAUCCGCUGCGGUCAAAUCCGGCACUAGAGUCCACAGAAUCGCGGGGAUCAGAUUCCCGUAAGCCCACACUAAGCCUAGACGGUUGGCAGUUGCUUAGCUCUUUCCCCUGGAUGCGCGAUCAGUCCAUGUAGCUCAGAAUAGGUUCCAUCACGCAAUUCUUACGGCCUGGC